AUGUCGCUAGAUUUUACCACCUCUUCUCAAGCCGGACUGCCACGGACGAUCAUGCCGCAAAUGUACGAUACUCAGGAGCCCCGCAACUUGGGUGAAGACGACCUUCACGAAGACAUGCUAGAACUACCACCCUCAAGGCCCGAAACUGAGUUGACGCAACUGCUUUACUCCAUCGUUCUCACGAGGUUGCGAAGUGUGCAGGCCAGGAUUGUAGAUCUCGUCAAUGCUACCUCGCUGCCACCGUACGGAGAGAUCACGGAGAUGGACGCCACACUAAGAGAUGUCUUCGAAAAGAUACCACAAUCGCCAGCAUCAAACACCUUCGACGAUCUUAGUACCGAUUUAUCACCAGACUUCAUGCGCUACACGUAUUUGAACGUAGCCUUCUUGAAGGCCGAGCUUAUGUUGCAUCGACCCUACUUCGUACUCGGCCGAACCGAUAGCAGAUAUACAUACUCCCGCAGGGUCUGCUUGAACGCUGCUAUAGAGAUGCUUCACCUCCAGAGCAAGCUUGACGCUGAGGUCCAACCAGGAGGUCGACUAACUUCACCAGGGUGGCGUCUCUCUACCUUGAGCUGGUACAUGUCUUCCAUUAUUGCGCAAGACUUCUUACUCGCGACUACCGUCUUGGUAGUCGAGCUUGAUGAGGAACUCAUUGCUCCCAUCCCACUGGAUUCUGAGCUUAUGGAAAGCGGGGUGCAACUGGACCAAGCGUCCCCGACGCAAGAGGCAAUCGUCGCGUCGUUGCGCUCCGCUUAUCACAUCUGGAUCAGGGCUAGCAAGAGAUCGCAGGAGGCACGGAAGGUUGCUACAGCUGUGAAGCUUGUUCUCUCUAAAGUUCACGGCAGUGGGGUACAGGUUACCGAUUCGGCGCACGGUGCCCAACCUGAUUUGACUUCCCCAUCCCAGAUUCUCGACACCAACAAUCUUGGAUUUGCUGUUCCCGACUCGGAUGUAUUUGACAUGGGCAAUAGCGCUUUUGGUCACCCGUUCGAUUUUGGCUUCAUGCCAAUGGAUCUGGACCAGUAUACCCUACCUCUCGAUUGGAACAGCUUCGCGUUCGAGAAUUUUACCGACUCUCGGUCACUCUUCGACUACUAA